UCUUAACGUUCCGGUCCCCAUGCAUCUGUUUUGAUUGGUGAUCAAUCGGAGCACAGCACUGCAGUGCUGCUAGAGUCAAUCUCAGUAGCAUUGCUCGAUUCUAGGCACUGAUGACAAUGUCAACGCAUUGAGCCUAAUCAUGGAGGAAGCCGUGCCUUUUAGCAUCGUAUCCACCGUCAAAGCGUUGAGCGGCGCGUUGCGGAGAGACGCUGAACAUGACGCCGAGAUCAGCCGCGAGCGAGAAAAGCUCUGGUUCAAGGAGAGCAGCGCCAAAAACCUGAGAAAUCGUGACUUCUUGUCACCCAACACGGUUUUGACGACGCUGUACGCAGGUGGAGAGGUUCCCUCUGAUGUUCUCAGUGGUAUUCGCUCUCUUCGUGGCAGCGGUGUAUUGCCGAUGGGAGCCACUGAGGUGACAGCAGAAGGGCUGCGUGUUUGUGUGGAUCGCUGUGCAGCCUUCAAAGGUGUUUUAUGUGGAAUAACACCAUAUCUGAGACCUGCUGCUCAGAGACAGGGCUGUGUCCUCAUCAACUGCCCUGCCCUCCACACCAAACAAACCGUGCCGUCUCCCGAUACGCUAGCUCUGGGGCAGCUACGGACCGUUCUCAUUGCCGACCACCUCGGGGCACAGCUCAGAAGACAAGGGUACACUGUGUCCUUUUGUCCAGCAUUGCCACAGGACAGUGACAUUGUCAACUUUCUGAAAACACUAGGCAUUGAUUGGCCAACAGUCCCUGUCAGUUGGACCAAUGAGGACAGGGAGGAGAAGAUGAAAAAAGCUUUAGAGACCUCAACCUACAGAGACAGAGAGAUGGAGAGAGGGAAAAGGAGAAGCAGAGGAGAGGAAAUAGAGGGAGAGAAAAGAGGGAUAAAAGAGGAAGUUAGGAUAAACCUUAAACAAGUGCUACAGGACGAGAACCUUCAGGGAUAUGAUCCCAGUCUUGGCACUUGCACAGUGCAGAGAGAAGCUUUGUGUCAUCUGGCUCAGCUGGACAGCGCUACUGCAGAUUUCUCUGUCUCUACGGCAACAGCCCUGCAUGUCACUUCCUGUCAGGAUGAGUUUCGUCAGCAGCAGACAGCCAUGUUGUGGAGAGCAGCGGGUGCAACAGCAGUCCAGAGAUUGGUGAUUUGUGGUCCUGUUAAAACUCCUGGCAUUCAAAUGAAUGCAGCUCAGUAUCUUCAGUUAAGAAAAGCUCAAAUGAAAGAGGCCUCAGAAAUGAAGUAUGGAGACCAAGUUGAAGGUCAGACAUGGGAUGACAUCAUUAGAGUCAUGACCUCAGCCACAGUGAGGUUUGAACUGCUAUCCACAGUGCACACAAGUCCAGUGACCUUAGAUGUUCAGCGGGACAGUGGUGUGUCCACAAAGGGCCCCAGGGGUGGAGUCUUUGUCAUGUAUAACUGUGCUCGUCUUCACACACUUUUCAGCAGCUAUGAGAAAGGAGUGGAACAAGGUCUUUAUCCAGAAAUCCCUGGAGGCACAGAACUGGACUUUUCUUCCCUAAAAGAGGAGGGGGAGUGGCUUCUUCUCUUCAAUUACCUCAUUCCGUUCUCUGAGUUGCUGGACCAAUCUGGACAGAUCCUGGAGCAUGAAGGCGGCACAGCCAGAGUUAAUUUAAGGACUGAACAGGUGUGCAGAUUCUUGGUGUCUCUCAGUAAAGAUUUUAGCUCCUACUACAACAGAGUUCACGUCCUUGGGGAGCCCCUGCCUCAUCUUUUUAAUCAGAUGUUUUGUCGUUUAUUGUUGCUGAGAGCAUUAAGAGAACUUUACCACAGCGCCCUGGACUCCCUUAACCUUCCCCCAAUUCCCCAACUAUAGCAUCUCCACUGCAGACAUUACACACUAACAGCCACAAACUCUCUCCCUUAACAGCCAGCACUCUUUCAUUUUCUCAGUUAUUACACCUUAGAUACCGUCCUCACAGCCAUAAUUGCCUGACCAUCUUGUCCGAAUAGUCCAAUAUUCCUCUUGUCCUUAAAAAAAGACUGUUUUACCAUUAAUAGCCAUAAACAAGGCAGGACAGACCGCAAUAAAUCUGUCACUGUUCGUCCUUUCAUCCAGUAAUACUUAGUUUGAAAAUUCUCCCCCAAAAAUGUCAACAGAAGACGCUUCCUAUUACAGUGAAAUUAUUCUCCUGCACCAUAUUCUUAGAACCCUGCAUGAAUAUGUAUUUAUGUCAUAAUGUUUAAUUGGUGUAAGUGCCCAGCUCUGUUUGUUCAACUCUGAGCACGUUUACAGUGCAGCACAGUUGUUCUCAAAGUCUGAUAGAUAAACACACAAUAAAAUAUCUGUCCCGCAGUGUUUCUGAUUAAGAAUCAUCAGUGGGGUUGGCGAUCAUUUGGCAUUCUUGAAAUGUCAUGAACUGUGAUGCUACUUCCUUUAAUAUUAAAAUAGUCUUAUCUGUACCAAAUAUAAAGUCUUAAUUCUCAAGAUUCCCUCAGUGUCCUUCGCUGUUUAUGCCACUGUAAGUGUACAGGUGUAGUGCUGAGAUUCCUCGUGUGCCAUACAGAGUUGGAGUUUUCACAGAUCUGUGCCAUACGCCACACAGUAUUCAAAGUCCUGAGUGUAAUAAACACAUUCAGAGUGACUGUGUAAUAUUCUCACACUUCAGAGUUUUGUUAGUGGUGAUUUCACUCAAUGUAUUUACAAAACAGCAACCCGCAGAGACUUCAGAAUUAAAAGAGUGUCUGCCUCAA